AUGAAGGAUGCAAACGGCUCGGUGAACGGCGGUCCCGAAGGCCCCAUACCAACUCUCAAUGGCCUCAAUGGCAUUAAUGGCCUCAAUGGCUACUCCAAAAAGGGCGUCAACGGUCCCAUCAAGCCCACCCUCAGCCACUCGGCCAGCCCCAGAGUCACACCAAGACAACGCCCACGCAGUCGGCCUGGCGUGAUAGCGAGGACGUUCAACGUUGUAGCCAGACUCGUCACCUGGUACACCAUCCUCACCAUCCUCUUCCGCUGCCCCGCCUCGCUCAAGGAAUGCGACAAGUCUUCUCCGCGCAUUUGCAAGACCUACUUUGAGGUCAAGCAGACCGUUGCGCCGCACAUCGAACCGUACUAUACCGCCUACGCCGCUCCCUACGUCGACCUCGCGAGACCCUACUACCAUGUCGUCGACCAAAAGGCCAUUGCUCCCGCCCUGGCAUACGUGCAACCCAGAAUCCAAAAGGCCCACGGCUACACCAAGACGCAGUGGGAAAAGUCCCUUCAGCCCCAGCUUGUCAAGUACCAGAAGCUUGCAAAGUCCCAUUACGAACAGAGCGUGGGUCCCCAUGUCAAGCAGCUUUCCACUGCCGCCGCCCCAUACUAUGAGAUUGCGCGCACCAACGCCCUGCAGACCUACCAUGGCGCUGUUGUGCCCGCGUACCACUCCGUCGAGCCCUACCUCCACAAGGCCUACAAGGCCGUCUCGGCAUUCACCGCCAGCACCGUGAUGCCCUCGACCCGCUGGGCCUGGAACAAGACUAGUCUCUUCCUCGAUGGAACCGUCAUGCCCCAUCUGAGGGUCGUCUACGCUGAGAAUGUCGAGCCUCAGCUGCUCAAGAUUGGCCAGCGUCUUGGUCGCCAUACCACAGGCAACAAAAAGUCGGUGCCCAAGCCCCCGGUGGACUUGUCCUCUAGCACCAAGACAUCGACCUUUAGCAAGCCCACGCCGGCCACUACCGCUGCUUCGACCCCUUCGUCUCACGCCGAGUCUACGAUCCAGGUGGCUGCUGCUGAAGAGCAAAAGGUCCUGAAUACAGAGCACCAUGUUCCCGAGAACCGUAUACCCCCUCCCGAGAUCGAUGAGGAGCUCGAGAAGGAAGAUCCCGCUCGCCGUAGCGCCCGUGAGACUGUCGCUGCCGAUCUUCAGGACUGGCAGGAAAGGUACUCCAAGGCCGCUGACCAGGGCGCUUCCGAGAUUUCGGCCAGAAUUUACGAAAUCACCAAGAAGAUGAUCCGCCGUAACGCCAAGGUUACCGGCAAGGCUCUGCUCGAUGAGCUCCAGACUACGACGGUUUCCGAGCUCGUCCAACUGCGUCGCAAAAUCUUACAAAUCAUCGGGGCUGUGAAGAAGGAAAACGCCUCCGUCGAUGAAGGCCGCGAUCAAAUUGCCGCGGUUGUACGUCAGGCGGGCAUGUCCAUCAAAGAGAGAGCUCAGGAGGUCCGUACCUGGCAUGAGAACUACGAGGCCGAGAUGCAGUCCGCUAUUACCAACGCUGCCGAAGCCCACUUCAGCAUCCUUGCCGACAUCAGAGACCUGGCCUUGCAGAAGCUCGGUAUGAAGUGGGCUUGGAUGGAUGGGGUCACUUACAAGGACUGGGCCAAGUACCAUGAGCUCAAGAGCCGUUUCGAGGACUGGAACAACGACCUCAAGAACCUCAUCGUUACCCACCCUGGUCUCGAGGCUGCUCAGAACGAAGCGGCUGCUGUUGAGGAGGAGGCCAUGAACACUGCUGCUUCCGCUGCCAAGGAGCUUGCUCGCUUGAAGCAGGUUGCUCUUCGCAAGCUGGAAGCUGGCGACGACUCGGAUGAGUUUGAGAGCACUGUCGCUCAGCAAGCUGCCGAGCAUGUCGAGUAUGCUCAGGAUGCUGCGGCCAGUGUCGUUUCCGAGGCUAGCGAGUCUGUUAUUGCUGCUGGUGAAAAAGUUUCCGACGUCGUUGAGGAAGGCGUCAGCCGCGCUGCUGAAAUUGUGUCUGAGGCGACUGAGGCUGUCGUCGGAGCCAAGGACUCGGCUGCUGACAAGAUGGAGGAGCUUGUGGAUGACGCCACCUCCCCCGUUGUUGAGGCUGCCUCUUUGACGUUUGAGUCUGUCGAGAGCGCAACUGACAAUGUCAAGGAGUCUGCUGCCACUGUACUGAGCGAAGCCUCCGAGGUCAUUAUUGCUAGCUCUUCCACCGAGACCGAGACUGUUGAGUCAGCCAGUGUGGCGUCCGAGGAGGCUGCUGAUGUCGCUGAGCCUGCAUCCAAAACCCCCUCUAUCGUUGAAUCCCGCCCUGAUCUCGCAUCUACUGAGAUCCUCGAGGAGACCCCUGUCAUUGUUGGUAACACCACCGUGGCGGAAAAGGAGGGCCCUGCUCCUGUCGAGCUCCCCGUUGAGGAGGAGGCUGAGGUAGAGUCUGAUAUCAUCGUCUCUGAAACUCCUGAGCCUCCUGCCACCACCGUCAAGUCCGCUUGGCUCGGAGCUGCUGCUCAGUCGGUGCCUACGCGUCAGCCCAUCAUUGACGAAGAUACCUAUGACGAUGUUUCUGAAGCCAUGGAGAAAAUGCGUAACGAUGUCAAGUCCGUCUACUCGUCCGCUAUGUCUCUUGCCAACAACCAGUAUUCUGAUGCCCUCUCCCUCAUCUCUGCCCAGAUCCGCGGCACCCCUGAGCCGGCUCACCAGCAGAUGCUCGCAUCUGUCACUCAAGCUUACAGCAACGCCAUGGCCUCCGCUAGUGUCCGCCUUGACAAGGCCUUGAAGCUUGCCUCCAAGCAAGUAUACAAAAGCACACCCACUGAGACUUUCAAGAUCCUCCCCACCGCCGUUCCCGUCCCCAACAUCCCCUCUUUGGACUGGGAGCGCAUCCAAUCCAUUGCCGCCCAGCGCCUUGAGCAAGGCCGCUCAUGGGCUGAGGAGCAAUACGAAAGCGCCAAGAUUGCCGCCGGCCUCGCCACUCCUACUCCUUCCACUCCCUCUGAGCAUGUCCAAAAGGCUCUUGAGAACGCCAGACAUAACUACUACGCUGGCCUUGGCGUCGCUCACGCUCGGUAUUCCGAAUUUUUGGCUGCCGCUUCGUCGGCUUUCAGCUCCAUGACUGCCACCCCUACACCCACUGACUUUGUCGGCACUGCUUCGUCAGUCGCUUCUGUCGCCACCGAGUCCGCUGCCUCUGCGGCUUCUGUUGUUACUGACAACGCUGCCUACGCGGCCUCCAUCGCCUCGGCAUCUGCUGCCUCUGCUGCCUCCGCUGCCGCCGCCUCGGCCGCAUCAGUCGCUUCCGCCGUUAGCGACGGCGCUGCCUCUGCUGCUUCGAUCGCUGGGGAGAACGCCUCCUCCCUCGUUUACGCCGCGGGUGACAAGGCCUCCUCUGCCGCUUCCGUCGUGUCCGAAAACGUUGCCGAUGCCGCCUCGGCCGUGUCCGAAUCCUGGGAUUCUGUUCUAGCCCGGAUCUCCAUCGAAGUCUACGGCGCUCCCACCCCCACUCCCUGGUACCAGACUGUCAUCUCCGUCGCUAGCGCCGCCAGUGCCUCUGCGGCCAGUGCUGCCAACCAAUACGGCGGUGCGGCAAGCGAUGCCGCAGCUGAUAAUGCUGCUUCGAUCACUAGCGCUGCUGGUGCUGCUGCCAGCGCGGCGGGCGAGUAUGCCGCUGCUGGUUCGGAUGCUGCCGCGCAACAGUAUAGCGUCGUGAGCAGCAUUGUCAGUGAACUGCUGGUGGGCAGGGAGCCGACGUUCUCUGAGAGCGUUGUGAGCAGACUCAAGGGAGUCUACGCUACUUCUAUCCCGGAGGUUGUGGUGGGCGCGUACGAGAGCGCAAGCAGCUUAGCUAGUGAGGCCAAGGAGACUGUGGUGAGUGUUGCUAGUCAGGCUUCGGAGGCUGUUGUGGGACACGAUGAGCUCUAAAACACGAGUCGGUGUUGAGGAUGUGGGGAGAUGAACGGGGAGAGUAUGAAGAGG